GAGCGAAUGUACGCCGUCGAUGGAAAACUCUGCGCGACUCCAUUUCGCGCGAAGUCAAAAAGAAUGCCACCGUGGAAAAUUAUGCACGAAAGAAGGAGAGCCCAAUUAUUUCCGAACUAGAGUUCUUGAUACCUCAUAUCAAAAGCGCACAUUGCGCAAAGUUGGCUGAUGAGUUGGGGCUGCGGGAAUGUUACAACACCACAAUACCGGCGGACAUUGAGGUACAAGAGGAUGAAGAUAGUCUAAGCGACCUGAUAGACUUGACUGAAGAGUGCGAUAUUAAACCCUUUAUUAAGCAAGAUGGAUUCGAGUACGAUGAAAUGGACACUUUGGACGAUACCUUUCCACAUGAAUCCCUCUCUAUCGAAAUCAAUGGCGAUGUCACAAAUGGUCUCACAAAUGGUAUUGAUGUAGUACCAGCCAAGGAAACAGAUGACACGGCUGAAUCCACAUGGAAUGCGGAAUUCUGCACAGUGGCACAAUAUAAAGGAGGUGAAUUCAUUAACCCCGUUGAGUUGGUUGCGGAGCAAGAAAAUGGAGGGAAUGGAGAAUGUGAAGAAACGGCAGAACGAGAGAGGGAACGGGAAAGGGAAGCAGAAGCAGAGAAGUCAUCACCAAUACCCGCUAACACCACUAGUCCCGCCGAACCUGCAAAUAAACGGCCGCGUUACCAUCCGGAAGAGUCAUCUAAAGAAUUACAAGCCAAAAUACUUCAAUUGCUGAGCAGUCUGGAGCAUCGCGAACGUAGUGAUCAUGAGGGCCAAGACGAGGAUCGCAUGUUUCUGUUAUCUCUUGUGUCCGAUUUAAAGAGAGUGCCUGCAGCGAAAAAAAUGACUGUUAAAAUGGAAAUAGUAACGGCCAUUGCACGAGCCAAUGACUGCCAAUGAAAAUUAGUUAGUUACAUAAGUUUAGGGAUCACAAUUUAUGGCCAGUGUAAUCACUUUAGCAGUGUUAUCACAUGGCCAAAUGGCUUUAUAUGCAAGGAAGUGUGUAUAGUAUAGCAACGGGAAGGUAACUUAGUCAGAUGUAUAAUUGUACAAACCACGCACUAUGGGCUAAAUUACAUUUUUUAAUGUAAUAUACCGGGAAUGAAUAGAGCUAGCUCUAUUUUUUUUUAUAAUUAGCGGUUGGAAUAAGGGUGAAUGGUUUUCAAAAUAUGUAUACCGUUAUCCAUUCGUCCUGAAAUAUACUAGCCAGAAAUGCGAUUGCUUUAUAAAAAAU